AUGACUGUUAACAAAGUUGGAUUUACACCGCUUCAAUAUGCUUGUCAGUCUGACGCUCUUGAUAUACUUGAAUACUUCGAACAAAGGGAAUUACUUUGUGUGAAUAGUUAUUCACUUGUGUCUUCGAAUAAACCACCAAAAACUGUGAAAAUAUUAAAUGAUUUGGAUCAACAGACUGAAAGCUUAUUACUGAAAAAUAAAUAUUUGAACUUAAGCAUUGUACUAAAAGACGGAGAAAGUCUGAUACACAGAGCUGCUGCACGAAAUGCUGUAAAUGUAUUAAAUUGUCUAAUUAAUAAAUAUAAAUUAAAUCCAAAACUAGUUGACAAAUACGGAUAUACAUCCCUUCAUUCAGCAGCUUAUGCUAAUUCUCUGGAAGCUUUCAAAUAUUUAUUAGAGACUGUGCAAUUGGACGUUAACGACUGCAGCAACAAAGGUAAUUCUGUUCUACACUGCGCAGCAGGUGGAAAUGCUGUAAAAAUAAUCAAGUAUCUAUAUUCAAAAGAUGAAUACAAACAUCUCUUUGAACAAAAAAAUAACGAUGGUAAAACAGUCAUCCAUAUUGCAGCAGUUGGAAAUGCUGCAGAUGCGUUAACAUUUUUAAUAUUCACUUGUGAAUUACUUUGUGAUGUUCCUGACAAAUAUGGCAAUACUCCUGUCCAUGAUGCACGCCUUAAGUCCUUAUCGUACAAGAUAUACUACGUUGGGAAGACAGAAAAGACGAGAGUGGAAUUAACACGUGACGAAAUUGGACAGCGACAGAAUAGCCCGUAUAACCAAGGAUUCGAAGCCAACAGGCAAGAGACCAAUAUCAAGGCCCAUUAA